CACGAGAGUCUGUGUUGUUCCGUUGACAUUUUUACCUCAACAAAACAAUUUCCCCAGUGUUUCAGCGAUUGCGGAAAUCUAUCCGAUAGCUUCUCGGCGGUUAACUCUCGAUUAGAUCCAGUGUCAAGAUGUUCUACACAUGUGGUCCCAAUGAGGCAAUGGUGAUUUCAGGCUGUGGCCGUUCUCCUCCCAUAAUGAUUGCAGGUGGAAGAGUGUUUGUCCUUCCAUGCAUUCAGCAAAUUCAAAGGAUAAGCCUGAACACACUAACUCUCAAUGUGAAGAGUGAUAAGGUCUACACCCGGCAUGGCGUGCCCAUCUCUGUGACUGGCAUCGCACAGGUGAAGAUCCAGGGCCAGAAUAAGGAGAUGCUGGCCGCAGCCUGCCAGAUGUUCAUGGGCAAGACGGAGGCUGAGAUUUCCCAGAUCGCCCUGGAGACGCUGGAGGGCCACCAGAGAGCCAUCAUUGCUCAUUUGACUGUGGAGGAGAUUUAUCAAGAUCGCAAGAAGUUUUCAGAGCAGGUGUUCAAGGUGGCUUCCUCCGAUCUGGUCAACAUGGGCAUUGGUGUGGUCAGCUAUACACUCAAAGAUGUUCAUGAUGACCAGGGUUACCUUAACUCUCUGGGUAAAGCUCGUACCGCUCAAGUUCAAAGAGACGCCCGCAUUGGAGAGGCUCAGUACAAGAGAGAUGCCGUCAUCCGGGAAGCGCACGCCACGCAGGAGAAGGUCUCUGCACAGUACAAAAACGAGAUUGAGAUGGCGAAGGCUCAACGGGACUACGAGCUGAAGAAGGCCGCCUAUGAUGCGGAGAUCAACACCAAGAAAGCCGAGUCCGAGAUGGCCUAUCAGCUUCAGGUGGCGAAGACCAAGCAGCGCAUCGAGGAGGAGACGAUGCAGGUGCAGGUGGUGGAGCGCAUGCAGCAGAUCACCCUGCAGGAGCAGGAGAUCACGCGCAAGGAGAUGGAGCUUGAGGCCAAGGUGAAGAAGCCGGCCGAGGCUGAGAGAUAUCGCCUGGAGAAACUCGCCGAGGCCGAGCGGAUGCAGCUGAUCAUGGAGGCGGAGGCGGAGGCAGAGUCCAUUCGUAUGAAGGGUGAGGCAGAGGCGUUUGCCACAGAGGCCAAGGGCCGCGCUGAGGCCGAGCAGAUGAACAAGAAGGCUGACGCCUUCAAGCAGUACAAGGAUGGAGCCAUGGUGGACAUGCUGCUGGAGAAACUGCCUCUGAUGGCCGAGGAGGUCAGCAAGCCCCUGGGGGCAGCGCAGAAAAUCACCAUGGUGUCCAGCGGAAGCUCGGAGGUGGGCGUGGCCAAGCUGACAGGGGAGGUGCUGGACAUUAUGACCCGCCUACCACAGACUGUGGAGAAACUGACUGGAGUCAACAUCUCUCAGGCUGCCUCCACCCGAGUGCGCUGAAUAAGAAACUGAAGAAGGGGGAGGGGGAGGGGCGUACCUGACGAACGCUGACAUCACGCCUGGACUCAGGUCCUCUACGCAGAUUUGCAUGACUGUGCUUUUCCUAAAGCCUUGUAAUUCUACACUUCAUGGGAUUUUUUUGUUUGUUUUUGUAAUCCGUCGUUUUUACACCGAUCAUAAGACACUUAAUUUUGUAUGAAAAGGUCCAGUUGAAUCAUUCAAUCAGGUGAUUUUGUUUUGAAUUAGGUAAGGGGUUGUCCUGUUCCACUGGCAAGCUGUUGUGGUCAAAGUGGGAUUUUUUAUAUUAGUCUGCAUUGUCUAUACUUGGAUGAAACCUGCAGUUGCUGGUAGUCUGUUUAUUUCAAAGGGCAUCAGGUUUUGGGACGUAACCUGUGCAGUUUUCACUUAUUAACUCUGUUUGAGUCCAAGGUAGUCUUGACUAUAUGAGCUAGAAUACUUGUUUAACUAAUUGAAGGCAAUUAAGUAAAACGAUGGAACUGCUAUUUUGUGUCAAUUGAGCCAGAGGAUUAUAACAUGAGCUCAUGUUUUUUGUUUUUAUAUCAAUGGACUGAUCUGUGUAAAACACUGUUACUAUAUUAUAUUAUUCUUACUCUUGGUAAUGUGAAACCAUAAAGAGGAACUGUUAGAUAAGCGUUCACGUUAGGCUAUAUAAAUGUGAAUGAAUGUAUGGUCGUGCUACCUGCUUGCAUGCUUUGACUGUCUGCUUCACUACUGGUCAUAUUCACUAUGCACCAGGGAGAUGACAAUACACACUUUAUAACCUCAGUGACUAAUAACUGAAAUAGGUGACUUCAAAGAAGAGUGUUUGAAUGUGAUACUUGUAAGUCUAUACAGAGAGUGGGAGAAGAGAGGAAGGGGUGUGGUUUAACGCUGAUAACAUUUGCAUGAAGAGUCUCCUAAAUCUAGGUCAGACACAUGUGGCAUCCACAAAGGGUGAGAAGGCUUUUGCGUCUCACAGCUUGGGUAAAUCCUGUAGUUGGUAGUUGGAGGAGGAUGUGAACGAUGCACAAUUAUCUCAUUUAUAGUGCAUCAUUGUAUGUUCUGGGACCUAUUCAUGCUUUGAGUAGAGGAUGUCUGUCCAGUCCUGACCAAGCGCUGCUGAUGUGUGUUGGAAGCUGAAGCAGUCACUGGGAGGACUGGACUGAAAACCUCUGCUCUGGGCUUCUCCAGUUUCUACCUUCACUUCUCACUAAGUUCCUCACAGGCCAUUUUCUCAGACGUGCAUGCUGAUGUCAUGUGCCUAACUACCCACCAAAGCACUAAUUUCAUUCUGUCCUUUGGCUGGAGAGAAGGGCGCUUCCUGCCCUGGACUGUAAUGUCAUUAGUCAGGCAAGCACUCCUCCCCCACUCGUGCUCCGUGUAAAUCUAAACCGAUUCACCCUCGUACACGUCUGUGCCAUGUUUCUGAAUGUUUAUAUGAAAAACCCGUAUGUGGUUGUAGAUUGCAUUAACUAAAAAUAAAUAAAUACUUAGCAUGUGCAAACAAA